AUGGGUCUCCACAAACGACACAACGCGGGCCGCGUCUUGAGGGAUGCCGACGCGAGGAACCAUCUGGCAAUGCACAAGCGCGACAGCCAUGGCGAUCAACCAAGAAUGCAUGUUCCCGACGGCUUCGAGCAGACAACACAGGACGAUUCCCGCGACAGUGGAGGCGUCUCCGUGGUCUACGUGACGCUCCCACAGACCUUCUCUGGAGCCGCCGUGUACUCUACCAUAGGCGUAACUCCAACAGCCGAUUCUGCAGCUCAGUCCACAGAUGAUGCGUCAUAUGCCUCGGCCAUGGCCUCGUAUAGCUCUGCUAUGUCUGAGUACAACGCGGGUAACGGAGUCGGUGCUUCGGCCACCCCAGUUGCCGUUGUGACUCCCAAGUCCAGCGCGCAGUCUACUCUGGCGACUUCUCUUCAGGGUGCAGCAUUGGCCUCCUCAAGCGUUGCCGCAACGCGUCUUGGAGGCACCCCAGUUCAAGCUACACGCGCAGCAACCGCCAGCACUUCCUCCAAUGCACAAAUCGAGCAGUCCGGCAGCGAAAUGUCUGGUGGCGCAAAGGCUGGCCUUGCCUUCGGAAUCAUUCUUGCAAUUGCCGCGGCCUGCGGCCUGAUCUUCUUCUGCUGGCGUAGAAAGAGGAACACCAAACAGCAGGAAGACAUGCUCAACGAAAAGCACGGCAGCUUUGCUGAUGCCGGUGCACGACGCGUAGAAGCUGGCGGUCCUCGCGACCCAGCAAUGGAUGCCAUGGGUUCAGGCAGGCGCGACUCGUCCAUGACCGAGAAGGUGCCUGCAAGUGUUCGUUCUUCUCGCACUACUUCAACCGCUCCACGUCUCAGUCUCCGACCCGUCACUCAAUUCCUACCCAACAUCGGGGACAACAACGCUCAGAACAGAAACACCGGGAACAACUUGGAGGUUGCAGGUGCCCAAAAGCGAACGUCUGGCUGGGAACGCACACCAGCUGGUGCUCAGCAAAAUCCGUUCGAUGAUGCAACAGCAGAAAAGCAAGCACGAUCGAACACCCCACCGCAGAAUCCUUUCGAUGAGCCCGAGGGCAAGCGAUCGAACGACUCUCAGGAUGCUGCAAGGGCGGCUGGUGUCGCAGCAGGUGCCGCUGUCAUGGCCAACAAGAAGCACAGUCCAAAGUCAUCCUGGGAAGGCAGCGACCCAGCAACACCAAAGUCGACCAGAUUUGGAACUGCUGCCGCUGUGCCUGUUGCUGGAUCUCCUCGAGGACCCCCUCCACCACGUGGCCCGAACAAUGUUCACCGUGUUCAGCUCGACUUCAAGCCAAGCAUGGAGGAUGAGCUUGAGCUUAUCAGCGGACAGCUUGUUCGCAUGCUUCACGAGUACGAUGAUGGUUGGGCUCUUUGCAUUAGGAUGGACCGUAGCCAACAAGGUGUUGCACCACGCACUUGCCUUUCGAAGCUCCCCGUCAAGCCACGUCCCCAAGGACCUCCUCCCCAGGGCUCUCGUCCGGGCACUUCUCAAGGUCCUAGCGGCCCUUCCAACCCACCGGGCCCAAACGGACCAAUGCACCAAGGACCGAUCGUGCCUCGCCCACUCACACCGAGCCAAGGAACCCGAUCCCCAUCGCCGACGUCGUCGAAUGGGGAGGCUUCAACUUCAACGGGUGGCGCCCCGGCGAAGAUAGAGAGGAAGCCAGUGCCUGGCCAGGCGAUGUAA